AUGAGGCGAAAAUCCGAUGAUCCCACGGAGCCCUACUGGGCUAUGCCACAUGGGCGCACUACCCGUACCGAGGUCACAGGAGACGCCGUACCUUACAUUACGGAGUGGGCGUAUAGCACCAAAGCGCUAUCAUUUGCGGCGCGCAGAUCACCAUUUCAUCCUGGCUUCCUUGAAUUUUUUUUCCGCGGGAAAGGGGGAAAGGAGUCUUUCAGCCUCGUGUUGCUUACGUGGGAGUUCGGAGUACCCAAUUGGGUAAUGCCAGAUGGUGCCCUGAAGAUGCUGUUCCCUUCGUCCCGCUUCAUCCGCAUGAACCAUAUUAAGAACCCACGAUACUUUUUCACCUUGGGUUCUGGAGGACCUACGGGUGCCGGUAACUGGUAA